UCUUCCGGGUCCUUCUGAAUCUCACCGUUUCUCCCGAUUGUUUUUUGGUUCAUUUGUUAUUGCUGGAAGAAGAUGGCGACGGAGAGGGAACCUCCACCGCUCGGAGAUGCAGAACAAACCGAUUUCAGGGAACUGGAAGACGGGGAGGACCUCUUCAUCAGCACCGCCUCAACGCUGGAGUCUAGUCCAACAUCUCCUGAACCAGCUAGCCUUCCUGCUGAAGACAUCUGCUCAAACUCUAAUGGGCCUCAGCCUGCCGAGAUCUCAUUAGACGAUGACCGGGAGGAUCUCUUUGCGGAAGCAACAGAAGAAGUGUCUCUUGAUAGUCCAGAAAGGGAACCCAUCCUCUCAGAUGAACAGUCUCCUGCCAUCACCCCAGUGACGCCAACUGCACUUGUAACACCAAGAGUAGAACCAAAAACUAUUUCUGUUCCUGCUAUGUUUGAGAGGUCCAAAGAAGAGCUGGAAGAGGAGGCUAAUGGAGACUCAUUUGAUAUGGAGAUUGUUGUAUCCGACCCAGAAAAAGUUGGGGACGGAAUGAAUGCCUAUAUGGCAUACAAAGUAACAACAAAGACUUCCCUGACGAUUUUCAGUGAGAAUGAGUUUUCAGUGAAGAGACGGUUUAGCGACUUUUUGGGCUUGCAUAGUAAACUAUCCACUAAGUACAUGCAUAUAGGUUACAUAGUUCCCCCUGCGCCAGAAAAGAGCAUUGUAGGCAUGACAAAGGUCAAAGUUGGCAAAGAAGACUCGUCAUCUACAGAAUUUGUAGAAAAACGAAGAGCAGCCUUGGAAAGGUACCUGGAGAGGACAGUAAAGCACCCAACUUUGUUACACGAUCCUGAUGUCAUGCAGUUCUUAGAAAGCUCAGAGCUGCCAAGAGCAGUUAGCACCCAGGCGCUGAGUGGAGCAGGAAUAUUGAGGAUGGUAAACAAGGCUGCCGAGGCUGUCAACAAAAUGACAAUCAAGAUGAAUGAAUCGGAUGCAUGGUUUGAGGAAAAGCAGCAACAGUUUGAAAACCUGGACCAGCAGCUGAGGAAACUGCACACAAGUGUUGAGUCUCUGGUCUGUCAUAGAAAAGAGCUCUCCGUGAACACAGCUGCCUUUGCAAAGAGUGCCGCCAUGCUUGGAAACUCUGAGGACCACACUGCCCUCUCGAGAGCUCUAACCCAGCUGGCAGAGGUGGAGGAGAAGAUAGACCAGCUCCAUCAGGAGCAAGCCUACGCAGACUUUUACCUUUUUGCUGAGCUGCUCAGUGAUUAUGUCCGUCUCCUUACAGCUGUAAAGGGCGUGUUUGAUCAGAGAAUGAAGACCUGGCAGAAAUGGCAGGACGCUCAAGCCAUGCUACAGAAGAAGCGGGAGGCAGAAUCCAAGCUACAGUUCGCAAACAAACCAGACAAACUGCAACAAGCAAAGGAUGAGAUCACAGAGGAAAUUGAAGAGUGGGAGGGAAAAGUCCAGCAAGGAGAGAGAGACUUUGAACAGAUCUCCAAAACUAUCCGCAAAGAAGUGGGAAGAUUUGAGAAAGAAAGAGUGAGGGACUUCAAAGCUGUUAUCAUUAAGUACCUAGAGUCCUUAGUGCAGACACAGCAACAGCUGAUAAAAUAUUGGGAGGCAUUCCUGCCUGAAGCCAAAGCCAUAGCCUGAAAAAACAGUGAUUCCAAAUCUGAAGAUGCUGUUGACAUUUAUCAUGUUUACAUCGGAAUUCAACACUACAGAAAAUGCACGGAAAAAAGAAAUCUAGAACACACCCAAAUAAACCAACCACUAUAUAUUUUAAGAUUAAACAUGUGGCUCCUUUUUUAUCCUAUGGUGUUUUAUUAACAAGCUGGAUGUCCUGUUCGAAUCAAAAUGUACAUGGACUGUGGCAUGAUAUGCUGCAGUGUUGUGCUGAAUUGAGCACUACUACUUUUGUCUAUUAUUUUUUCCUCUUUUUUUUUUUUUUUUUUUAAAGUGCACUAGUGCAAUGUGAGAGCCCAAAACUUUGAAGAUUUCAGUUUAAAUAAAGUUGUUUUAAAAUCUGUGUUGAAGGAUAUCAUGAAGCAAAUUCUACUUUCAUUUAAGUUUUAAUAAAACAUUCCUGUACAUAAAUCAUUAAUUUUGUGAUUAUUAUAAUAAUAAAGGAAUGUACCUUA